AUGAUCAUCCGUAGUGUUGAUGUCUCAGACAUACCAUUGGACGACUUUGGGGCUUUCAAUACGCUCACAUUGCAACAAGUUGUGGAUGAUCCAACCCUCCUUGACACCGCAAGUACUAUAAACGGAACAUCUAGUAACGAUCUAGGCAAUAUCAAAACCGCAAGCCUAGCCGUCGAGGAGUCCCCACAGGCCUCCUCCUGUACUUCCCCACAAACACGUAUUGAGUGGCGUGACUAUUCCAGCUCAGACCGCCAAGCGUUUGUGGACGGUAUUUCAUGUCUCACCCAACUACCGUCCGCCGGGUCAGCCUAUGCGCCCUCGACGAGCCGCUACGAGGAUCUCGUCCGGACGCAUCAGAAACUCACCACACAGGUGCACGGCAAUGGCAUCUUCCUCCUUUGGCACCGGUACUUUGUGCACCUGUUCGAGCAGGCCCUGCGCUCAGAGUGCGGAUUCGACCGCGCAAUGCCAUGGUGGGACGAGACACUGGACAGCGGUGCUUUCCACCUUUCCACCUUAUUCACGUCGCAGUAUUUUGGCAACCUGUCUGGGCCGACCAACGGGGCCGGAACCUGUGUCACGGAUGGUGUCUUUGCGCAUCUGACCUGUCAUAUCGGGCCCGGGACGAACAAUGUCCAGCAUUGCCUCUCAAGGGCUCUCAACGAGACCGACACGGCUCAGUCCAGCACGGCGUAUGUCGACUACUGCGCUGGCUUUGACUACUUUGGCACGUUCAGCAGCUGUGCUGAGAUGGGGCCACACGCAUGGACACACAACGGGAUCGGAUCUGUCAUGUCCGACGUAUAUUCAAGUCCGAGCGACCCAAUCUUUUUCAUGCAUCAUCUAUUUGUCGACCAUGAACUCGCUGCUUGGCAGGAAGCUGACAGCAGCCGGAAGUCGACGGUCGCGGAUGCGUGUACCCAGGGUUAUGCACCCUGCCAGACCGCUGUGACGCUUGACACUGUGCUCAACAUGAAUGGGCUGGGAGCAAAUGUGACGGUCGGGAAUGUCCUCGACACUCAGGGUGGUCCUCUCUGUUACACAUACGAUUAUUACUAG